AGUCAGGCAGGGGAGCAGUGAACUUGCAUGCAACUAGUUGGAGUUCCCCCCUCCCUCACCCCCACCACCACUGCGUGCAUUCACUGGAAAGUUACUUUGCAAAAACUGCUGCAGCAAAACAGUGGAGUCCUUCUCUUAUCUGCUUUCCAUCUGUGUCAGACGCACUGACAAUGAACUCCAAGCCGUCUCGUUCCAUGUAAAAGCGGACUGCGAGGAAUUCCAAACUUGCUCGGCGGACUGUCAGCAUUUCCUACAUUCGCACAAGAGUAGGGCUUUGGUGUAUGUGUGUGCGCGCUUGUGUGUAGAGAGAGUCGACUCACCAUUUAACAUGCCAGAUUAUCACACCUUGGCUUUGCUUCGUUUAAGCGACUUGUCCGUAUGAAGGCAUGAAAAUCCUGGGGGUCGUGGUUCUAUUGACAGGACUCCUGGCUAUAGAUAUCUGCAAGGCCUUGAAGGUCAUUGUAACCCCAGGGCCUGUGGUGGAGUUCACUGAAGGACAACGGGGCACCCUAUUCUGUCGAAUAUCUCAACAGAAGAGGAGGAACAGUUACUUAUCUCUGGUCUGGCUCUUUUCAAAUUCACUGUAUGACAAUCAAAGGAUUCUGAGGUUGAAUCGAACAGGCCAUGUGCAAGCAUUCCGUAACUGCAGGGAGCGUCGAUGUGAGCUUCAGUUCUUCGAGCAGGGCUUGGCCAAGGUUUACGUUUUGAUCAUCAACAAAUUUCACAACAGUGAUGAAGGACGGUACAGAUGUAAGGUGCAGGAAAUUGCAAACCUCAAUAGGAGAUGGCUCUCGAUAUCUAAUGGCGAUAAUGCCACGGAAGUGAGAGUGCGUGUACCACAGACAACUACUGUGAUCUCGAAGAGUACAAGUGAAAGUUGGACACUUUUUGAAGAUCCAGUUCUGGAAACUUCCACUAUAUUGAUUUCCAAGAAUCCGAAGGAAGGAAGGACAAUAUUUGGAGAUCUGUAUCUUUAUGUAACAUUGGUGUGCUCCCUGGGGAUUAUAUCGAUGAUGCUUUUCGCAGCCAUUAUCAUUUGUCAGACUUUGAAAAACAGGAAGAAAACAAAAGGGAGAAAAUAUUUGACAAAGGGUCCCAAUAGCAGUUCAGGAGAAACGGUGAUGAGUACGGGAAGCACGUCACUCCUACAACCCAAAUCGGAAAAGAAAAAGAUUGUAGUGCAAGACCCGCCACCUCCAAUUCCAGUUAAAAGCCCAACAAGAAACACCUCAAAUAAGAAAAAGUUUUUGAAGAAGCAGGAUGCAAAAUCCAUUCUGCCGCGAAUUGUGGAAGACAGUCUGACGUAUGCCGAGUUGGAAUUGGUGCCAACACAGCCAAGUGCCCCAAGCAACCCAACGACAGCGAACUCCCAGGGUCCCACUACAGUCUACGCCAAAAUCCUUUUCUCAGAAAACCAGGAUCAAUGAGCUCCGGAUGGAAGAACUGCAGGAAACACGCGGCCGAACAAUGUUUAAUGAACAAUCAAGCUUAUUUGUGACUUCAACUAGACUUGAGGCCUGGUUGCUGGAGGCCUUUCUUGUAUAUAAACCUGUAUGGCACAGGCAGCCUGAGACUACAGGGAGCUGGGCUAUCUUAUCCCCACUCUAUCAAUCAACAGGAACUUGACCCGCCAAACCAUGUGCACAAGUUGAGCACAUUGGGCCAAUUUCUCAGUCACUGCCCCCACGUCGAGGAGGAAUAUGCAGAUUUUGGACCUGCGCUGUCAAACUGCACCUUCUAUCGUUUCAUUGCACUAGGAUCAAAAUGGGGAAAGAUGAAGCCUGAGGCCUAGGACACCUCAUCUUCCUGAGUCACUGAAAGACUAAAGGGGGAGAAGAAAGUGCAGGGGAUGAAAUAAGGAUGCAUGUGCAUUUGUAAGAGUGUAAAAUAAUUUAAUGGGUGGAAACUUAGACUAAGGCUUGAAUUAAUUAUCUUUUUUUGGGAAGUAAUUAUUUCCUGUGUUAACAAGUGAGUGAAGAAGUAGGCAAGAAAAUUUGAGUGCAUGCUAGCGUGUGUGUAAGUGAAUAUAUCAAAUGUUAAAAUUUGUUUGAUAAAUGUUCCUGUGAUGUUUUACUAUCUUAGAAACAAUAUAUACAUUAAGUGAGGGGAAGGGAAUGGUUAGUUGAAUGAAUAAAUGGAAAAAGACUUUCUUCUCACAGAUAAGGGCAUCACUGAUAUAGCCAACAUUUUGUCACCCAUUUUUCAUUACCCUUGAGCUGAGUGACCUGCUAGGCCAGCUCAGAGAGCAAUUAGGAUUCACCCACAUAGUUCUGGAGUCACGUGUAGGCCCGGCCAAUAAGGACAGCAGAUUUCCUUCCUUAAAGGAUAUUACAUUUUACAACAAUUGAUACUGGUUGACACAGUUACCAUUUCUGCAACUUGCCUUAAUUCCAGAUUGGUCAAUUUUAAAUUUCACCAGCUGCCUUGGUGAGAUUUGAGUCACGUUCCCACUAUGCCAUGGUUAGGCAGGAGCUGUUGGAAUUUGAGUGUGACAGUGAAGUAACAGCGAUAAAGGACGGUUUGAAGGAACCACACAGCUGGUGAUUUUCCCACAUUCUAAGAACCAGAAGUAAAGGGUUGCAAUUUGGUGCAAAGUCAGUGGUGAAAUGCUGUUGGGACUGUUGGCGAAUGUUGAAGGUGGUGGAUGUGAUGCCAAACAAGCAGCUGCUUUGUCCUAGAUGGUGUGGAGCUUCUUGAGUGUUGUUGGAGUUGUCCCCAUCCAGGCAAGUGGGAAGUAUUCCAUCACACUCCUGACUUGUGCCACUGUAGAUGGUGGACAGGCUUCAGAGAGUCAGGAGGUGUUACUCUCUGCAGUAGACUCUGACCUGCUGUUACAUCCACAGUGGCUGUUAUGGUUGUGCUGUGGGCCUGUCCGUGUGAGAGAAAGAGAGAGAGGGCCUAAUUGUGCUGCUGAGAAUGUUUGUGAGAGUGUGUGGCAAGUGAGCCUCACCUAACAGUAGUCAUGGUCUGUAGGUACUCUGUAUACAUGUACAUGUGUUGUCCUAACCACCAUGGCUACUGAGCAAGAAUUGACAUGGGUUCAAGUCAUGUCCUGCUCCCUUCCUCUGCCUUCUCAGUGAGAAAUAGAUAGAAAGGAGCCAAGUGGGACAGUCUUUGGUGUCUCUUAGUGGUCAUUGAUCUUGCCUUCUUGACUGCAGGUAGCAGCAUGGAUAGAUAAAGAAAGAACCUCAUGUAAAAUGGACAGAAGUUGUCCAUUAAAAUAACAUUUUUAAUAAAGCACCAUUCUGGAGAAAUCCUCCCAUGCUUUGUUCAUGGAGCAGCCUGGAAAUUGCUCAAGCCCAUAACCUUUUCUGGUUUAAUAAUGUCAACAGUUGUAUCUUUAGUGUAUUAGGAAAUUCAAAUACCUAGCAGAUUACUUGAAUUAUGCAUGUGUGAGAUGUCCCUGUGUAAAGUUUCAUAAUGAAAUGCUAGCUAUGAGAAUAAAAAUUAGAAGUUGAUUUCUGAUGUAAUGCCAGGAUUUGCAAUCAUGUUGAAUAAUAAAAUGAAGUGACUUUG